CACAUUUUCCACAUCGAGCCCUCCUGUGGUAAAUAGAGCUAAGGAAAUGCACCUGUCAUGGAAAAUGGGGAAAGGCGCUCUUGCUAGUCUGCUGCAAACUUUCAUUAUCUUCCGGUAGUCGAGACUCCUCGAGCGCACAAAGUCAACAGUUUUUGGAGACGGGAGGCAAGAAGAAGAAGAAGAAGAAGAAGACGGAGUGGGAGAGGAAGGGAUAUGACCAUAACCGACCAGGAAAGAGAUCUUCUUGAUGUAACAUUGACUGAGUUGAGCCAGUUAACCUGCGCUGAGGGUUCAUGGUUAAAGACACAAUGCCCGAGGCUGCUGACAUGAUCAACCUGGGAUUCCUGUCAGACUCUGAGCGGGAGCUGAUCCUGGAGGUGCUGCAACGGGACGAGGAUAUAAGACAGGCCGAGGAGCACCGUGUGCGGAGUAUGAAGACAGAGUUGCUGGAUAUGAAGAGGAAAGGGGCCAAACGUGGCAGUGGAAGAUACAGUCAGCGUAGUUGUGGCCGAUGCCAGGAGCCUCUGAGUCGACUGACAGUUUUCUCCAGCCAGUGUAAGAUUUGCAAUCACCAUGUGUGCAGAAACUGCCGAACAGCCCUCCCCGAAGGAUCCUGGCUGUGCAGCGUGUGUGCCAAAGAGUCGGAUCUUAAGAAAAUGACGGGUGACUGGUUCUACGAUCAAAGGGUCAACCGUUUCUCCACCACGCCUGGACACGACCUCGUGAGAGUUUCCUUGAAAAAGAAGCCUCAGGUAAAUAAGCGUGAGACAACAGGAGAAAUGCUGUUGAGAAGUACUGAAAUAAACCCAGAUCUUCCCAUUCCUAUACCGCGGGUCAGGCAGAAAAACCAAAUAGCGGAUAACAAAGGUCAUUCAAAAGAAAAUUCAGCAUCAAUUGCUUCAAGGGAGUCAUUUGAAUCAAAGGAGGAAGUUUGGUCAAAGCCAACACGCAGUGACACAGAGUCUGCAGAAAACGACAGCAUAAGCAGCCGUAAAACAGACACUGAGUCUGGCCAUGUGACACCUCAGCAACAAAGGAGAGAGAACUGCUCCGCUCCGUGCAGCCCAUCAGGGUCCACUGUUUCCAGUCUGACCACUCUCGUCAAAGCAGACAUCGCUAGCGUUGUCAGCGGCACCUCUGAAGCUAACACUGCCCCAGAAAUAACAACAGAGAGUCCUGGCCCGGAGAUAGAAGUUGAUAGACUCUUCAAGAAGAGCAUCAAACGAGCUCCGAAGCCUUCUGAGUUUGUAUCGACACUGGACCUGCGUGACGAGCGUGACGAACGUGACGAACGUGAUGAACAUGACACAUCAGGGGCCUCAAUGGGCAACAGGAGCCGCUCUGUACCAGGCCUGGACGUACAGGAAGAUGGAGAGGAGGAGGAAGAUAUUGACAGCUUGGUUAGCUUUCAUAAAAGGACAAUGGCUUCAAGCUCCUUCAGCCUGAACAGCUCAAAGAGCACACUGGGCAGCCUGAUGAGUAUAUACAGUGAAGCAGGAGACUUUGACAGCGUGGAGGUGAGCGGAGACCUCAUCUUCUCUAUGAGCUACAACGAACCCAGCCAGAGCCUCAAUGUCUUCAUCAAGGAGUGCCAUGGGCUGGCCUUCGGCGAUGCCUCGGGGCAGCUUUCCCACCCUUAUGUCAAAUGUUAUCUACUCCCUGACAAAUCUCGCCAGAGCAAAAGGAAAACAAGUAUCAAGAGAAACACGGUCAACCCUGUCUACAAAGAAACACUGAAGUACUCCGUCAGCCGCUCUCAGCUCGCAACCCGCUCCAUGUUGAUAUCAGUCUGGCAUCAUGGUCGCUUUAGCCGCAACGCCUUCCUGGGAGAGGUGGAGAUCCCUCUAGACACCCGAGACCUCGACUCCCCGCAUGAGGACCGUGUGGCUCUCAUGGCGAAGUUAGCCUCUCCUGUGCCGGCUUCAGCUUUUGCGCAGUACAAAGGAGAGUUGAUGAUCUCCUUGAAGUAUGUAACGUCUAAAAAGCCAACAACUGAGAAAAUCAAAGGCAAAAAGGUGGUGAUCGAGGGAGGGGGAGAACUGCAUGUUCUAAUUAAAGAGGCAAAGAAUUUGAUGGCAAUGAAACCAGGGGGUACCUCGGAUAGCUUCGUAAAAGGGUACUUAUUCCCAACUAAGGCAAAGACGACAAAGAGGAAGACUCCAGUUGUGAAGAAGAACCUGAACCCCCACUACGACCACACGUUUGUGUACAAAGAGCUGCCUCUGGAGCAGCUGGAGGAGAUGUGUCUGGAGCUGACUGUGUGGGACAGAGAAGCCAUGUUGAGCAACGAGUUCCUGGGAGGAGUCCGUCUCAGCUCCGGAAGGGGGACUGUGAAAAUAGGAAAAGCAGAAGUGGAGAUGGACUCUGUUGGAGAGGAAGUCAGUGUGUGGGAGAAGGUGAUGAAGUACCCCGACUCAUGGGCAGAGGGCACUCUUCCACUGCGCUCCACUAUGGUGAAGGGCAAAUGAGGACAGCACACAGACGAAGGGAAUCCAGAGAAUGAAAAGGGGAGAAGCUGAAGGGUGUGAGACAAAUAUGAGAUUGUGGAUUGUUAUAUUUUUGUAAGCUUGUCAGAGCAGAGGCGUGUCUGCUGAGGUGAACUAACACGCAGCUUAACAUCUGCCUCCCUGUGUGGGGUUCAUCUGUAGCACCGCCCCCCCCCCCCCCCCAGACUGGUGUAACUGUUGAAAAUGUGCCAAAACAUCACAAACUGGAUUUAUUUUUGGCAUUGAGACCGUCAUUCUUGUUUUUAAAAUGCAGGCUGUAUAUGUUAUUGCAUUUCAAAUUUCUGAACACUUAUGAACACGUAGCACAGAAAGAGCGUCACCUUUUUUUUUUCUUUAUAAUUGUAUACAGAAGUACAUUGAUGCGUGGGAAAACAAGUCAUUAUAAACUACAACGUUUCUGGUGUUGCAUCCAACAAAUAGUAAUACUAUCAUGUAAAAAUGAUCUUAACAUACAAGUUGCACAAAAAGCUUGAAAUUAUUAAAUGUGUUUAUUUGCAGAUAUAGAUUCUUAAAACCUUUUAACUGUUUGUGAUCAGAGUCGUGUUUACUUCGAGGUUGCCUUUUAAUAUUCUGUUCACCCAAUAAAAUAUGUGCUGAAGA